GCACGCUUGAACACGCACAUUGUAAGGCAACAGCAGCAGGGGAGACGAUACGGAGCAACGAUCGAAUUCCUUUGCCCAAACAUGCUCGUCUGCACCACGCUUGGGCGGCGCUCCGCCAGCCUCGUGAACACCCCGAAGACGUCAAGCGCUCUCGUCAACAGAGCCGCGGCAGCAGCAGCGGGAGCGAGGGCGAGAGCGGCGCCUGCGUCAGGCUCGCAGCAAUGCGGACUGGCGACAGUCGCUGCGUCCGAUGGCACCAAUAAAGAGAAAGUUGGAAUUCUGAUGAUGAACAUGGGUGGACCGAGUACGCUGCCUGAAGUUGGGGACUUUCUUUCACGCCUGUUCCAUGACCGCGAGCUAAUCCAACUGCCGUUUCAGUCGCGGCUGGCGCCGCUGAUCGCGCGGCGGCGCACGCCCAAAAUCGAAGCGCAGUACGCCAAGAUCGGCGGGGGAUCUCCGAUCCUGCGCUGGACGCGAAAGCAGGGUGCGGAGAUGGUCAAGAUGCUGGACGAGCUGCACCCGUCGACGGCGCCGCAUAAGCCAUACGUCGCCUUCCGCUACGCGCGGCCGCUGACCGAGGAGGCGCUCGACGAGAUGGUCGCAGACGGCAUCACGCGCUGCGUCGCAUUCACGCAAUAUCCGCAGUACAGCUGCUCUACCACUGGCUCCAAUGUCAAUGAGCUCUACCGUCAGAUUCAGGCGCGCAUCCAGCAGGGUGACAAGGACGUUGAACGUAUCCGCUGGUCCGUCAUCGACCGCUGGCCGACACAUCCAGGCCUGGUACAUGCAUUUGCCAACCGCGUCAAUGCCAUCCUACAGACCUUUCCUGAAGGACCCGAGCGCGACAACGUACCAAUCAUGUUCUCUGCGCACUCGCUCCCCAUGCAGAUCGUCUCAGGCCGUGGCGACCCGUACCCCGCUGAGGUGGCCGCGACGGUCGCGGCAGUGAUGCAAGUACUGGGCAAUAGGAAUCCGUACCGUGUUACAUGGCAGAGCCAGGUUGGCCCGAGCGCCUGGCUUGGCCCGCAAACGAGUGACACCGUCAAAGGGUGGGCAAAGCAAGGACAUAAGCAUGCCAUCGCCGUGCCCAUCGCGUUCACGCAGGACCACAUCGAAACGCUCUACGAACUUGACAUUGAGCUGAAGGAGGAAGCAGAAGAGCAUGGCAUGACGCUCCACCGCGCCGAAUCGCUCAACGACGAGCCAAAAUUCUUGCGCGCACUCGCAGACAUCUGCGCCUCGCACCUUGCAGCGCUCACUGACGGCGCGACGCAAGGCUCCGUUCUCCCCGGCGAGCUCACAGGCGGGUCCCAGGGCGUCGACCACUUCUCGCAGGGCAGAACAUCGAGGCAGUUUAUGCUGAGAUGCCCUGGAUGCAUGAACAACACCUGCGCGGAAAGCAAGCAAUUCUUCGGCGCCAGGUAGGCCUGCCGACUCUCCUUUAUUAGUCUCCCAAUAGCCUAAAAAUCGCCACUUCACAUGCUUAACUCUUUACUUGCCGCUUUACUCGUGUCACGCAUCGCAAAAUGUAUAACUCUACCCGGCCAGGCGAGAUUCUUUGCUAAAAGAAAUCGAUUUAUGCGAGACGUGCGGAAGUAUAUUUGAAUAAUAUACAAUUGCAGCUCUCUGAACAAGGAUAUCACGGAAUCAAGCCUUUGGUAGUUUCUCCAUUUCCACGAAACCAGGCCGAGAUCGGUUUUCGCCCACGUGGCAGACGUUGCUAAGCGAGGCUUUGACGUGGCGUCUACCGUGGGAACCAGUCAUACCCGUUUCGGGAUGGAACGAGCUGUGAAGACCGUCUUGCGAAGAUGCAACGACAGCAUGGAGC